UCCUCUCUCUCUCUCUCUCUCUCUCUCCAUCCAUUUUUAGGCCAUACGAUUCCCGUAAAACAAUAGAACUUUCGUGUAAUUAAUCAUGUCGUCGACCGAAAUCCAGCGGAACAUAGCCGAAGGGUCGUCUCGAUCGGCCAUCGACCAGCUGCAGCCGCCGCCGCCGCCGCCACCGCUGAGCCGCUAUGAGUCCCAGAAGCGGCGGGACUGGAACACCUUCGGGCAGUACCUGCGGAACCAGAAGCCCCCCGUCGCACUCUCCCAGUGCAGCUGCAACCACGUGCUCGACUUCCUCCGCUACCUCGACCAGUUCGGGAAGACCAAGGUCCACCUGCACGGGUGCGUCUUCUUCGGGCAGCGCGACCCGCCCGCCCCCUGCACCUGCCCGCUGCGGCAGGCGUGGGGCAGCCUCGACGCGCUGAUCGGCAGGCUGCGGGCGGCCUACGAAGAGAACGGCGGGGCCCCGGAGAGCAACCCGUUCGGGAACGGGGCCAUCCGCGUGUACCUGAGGGAAGUGAAGGAGUGCCAGGCCAAGGCCAGAGGGAUUCCAUACAAGAAGAAGAAGAAAAGGAAGAAUCAGAUCAAGAUGAGCGACGAAGCCAAGCAAUCCAAGCUUUCCUAGUGACAAAAGCUCUGCCUUCAUUUCUCCAUGGAAGCACACAGAUUGGAUCAACACCACGCUAAUAAUGCAUACGAUGUCCAUUGUAGAUAUAAUGUUAAGAAAACAAAAUGAAAGAGCACCAGGUUUGAUAUUUUCGUCGCCGUUGAAAGUUCCUCAGCCUCGGCAUUAAGUCUGGAUGACCCUUUCUAGUAUCUCAAACUCUAGUUGAAAAAAAAAAUGCAAAAACUCCUUCUAUAUCUUCCAGUGUCCAUUUGGGGGGUUUUCACUAGAUACAUCACAAGCACAAGUUGGAUAUACUCUUUGUUAUGAGCCAAAAUACUCUUGUUCUUAAGAGAUUUAUCUCCAUUAACGCUAUGCUCUUUCAAUGUCAAUCUAACAUGAUACACUAGAGAGUGCAUACAUACCCUUCACACCCCUUAUUGAAAGUGAAGUCCUCAUACGCUUGCCUCAUCGAUUUUUCGUUCACAACUUCUAGUAAUAGAUCAACCAACCAAGUUUAU